GCUGCGAAUGGGCUGCCCUGGGGGUGGGGUGGGAGGCCCCCCUGCUGCCAGCCGCGUUGACCAGGCCCUCUCUGCAGGUGGGGUCGGAGAGCGCGCAGGGCGCCGAGUCCCUGCUGACCGAGCUGGUGCUGCGCCGCAUCUCGGCCACGCCCCAGAACCUGACGGCCUUCGAGGAGGCCCUGGCCAAGUCCUACCUGAUCAGCGCCGACAUGGCCCACGCCGCACACCCCAACUACCUGGACAAGCAUGAGGAGAAUCACCGGCCGGCCUUCCACAAGGGCCCCGUGAUCAAGGUGAACAGUAACCAGCGCUAUGCCUCCACGGCCGUCACCGAGGCGGUGAUCCGGGAGAUCGCGGGCCGUGUCGACGUCCCCCUGCAGGUAAGUGCCCUGGCUCUCGUGGGCUGGGGCCAUGUAUGGGUCACGCCCCUGGUCGCUGGCAGAAUGGCCUCCCUGCCUGGGAAACCUCCAU